AUACGUAGUCAAGCGUAGCAGGCUGGAAGCUCACCCGUAUCAGAGCAGAUAAUAUUUCCAAGAUAAAGUGAACGAAAUCCGCGGCUUAAAAUAGGGGACAAGUGCGCUUACAAUCAGUAUUCCUCAUUCGUGUGGUGCAAGAGUAGUUAAAACGGCUUUCCACUCAACCCUCGGAGCCGGUUGUCUGGAAUAUGGAAGUUAAGGGAGCAAAGCUACAAACAACGGAAUCAUCUGAGGAAAGAAACUUCUUAGCUAAAGCAGAAUUGAAAACGUUUGCAGAGGAAACCACAUUGAGCAAAAUGAAUGAAGAAGCUCUUCCCAAUGCACCGCGAAGGGAGCUGUUAAAAGAGGCAGACUUGUUAGCGCAAGUAAGUAGCGGUAAAGGAAAAUCUUCCCGUCACGGCGAUUCCUACCAGCUGGGAAUGGGGUUGGUGGUGACAUUGCGUGCGUUCCGGAUGCAUCAACUGGACAGGACAUUUAAGUUCGUGAUCGUCAUGGAGGAUCCUGCCGGGAAAGAUUUCGAUGACAUCAUGUACCAUUACUCAUCGGACCGGCUUUCCUCUGGCACUGUCAGCAUACAGGCAAAGCAUAAGCAAAGCAAUGACGAUGACGGUAAACAAGGGGUGCUUACGGAAGAUUUGCUGCACGCUCGAUGGGACAGUAAGCCCAAGCCAUCGUUCUCGAUUGCGAAAUACUUCAUCUCGUUUCUGGAGGUGGAUCAGAACCUGGGUACAACAACGCGAUCGUAUGUAUUAUGCACCAAUUACGUGCUGCAUAAAAGCUUAAAAGGACAGUUUAUUAAGAGGGAACAACAGUCGGAUGAAGAUAUGCUGCAGUUCUGCUAUGAUGUUGGGGCAACCUGCUACCAGAUUAAUCCAGAGCAUGAAAACAAAACAUUAGAGGAUCAACUGAUCAACAGCGCUCUAGCCAAGCUUGGAAAGUUGAUGGCAAACGAUGUGUUUCAUAGAAAAGAGAUUAUAUGCAAAGAUUCACUGUACUAUACCUUCGCUGGGUUCAUUAACAAAUGUGUGGAUCGUUGUGAUGCAAACGCAACUGGAUUCAAGUUUAACGAAGUCUACUUCAAUGCGGCACCAAACACACACAUAGGAAUAUUUCGUACAGAGUUUGCGAAGGAGUGCCAAAGGUUAAUGAAGGAUGGCAAAUUAAAAAUAAGAGAAAUUUUGAAAACAGCUAUAAUAAGGUUCGAUCAAAGCUCAUUGACUGCAGCGCUUUCUAAGGAAGAAAGUUUAGAACAGUUAAUUUCAAAGUUUUACCAAUCGUUCAUGCUCGUUUGCCAAACGCCACACGAAGAGGAACUGAUGAGCAAAGCAAAAGACCUGCUACCAAAGUGGUGCAGUGCGGAGCUGGUUUUAGAUAAGCUGCAUACGUUGCUGUUCAAUGCAAUGAAGAGUGCGACACCGGAUCCGAUUAGUUUGACAUUUCUGCAAGAAAAGUUCCGAGAAGUUGAUCCCAACGUAAAUUUUACGCUUUUAAAAUGUAGAUCAAAAGAGUAUUUAGACUCGAUGCAGCAGAAAUAUCCUUUCAUUCAAAUAGACCCGGAACGAUUAAAACGCUCGAAGCUGAACAGUUUCAUUGCUAGCGAGAAUUCUGGUGGUAUUUAUGAGUUUAAAUGCUCGCUCAAUUUGGAUGUGAGCUCGCUGAUUGUAGGGCAGACAUUAUUAUUACAUCGGUAUGAAACACUGUUCAUUGAUAGUGCCAUGCACCAGGAUAAAAAGGAACUGUUGAAUAUUCUGGACGAUCUGAUGUCUUAUCUGAAGGAUGUCAAUCAUCCCACCAUCAAGUUGAUAACGUUUUGGGGAAAACUGGAGGCAGAAAAUCUAUGCGAAAUCAAGAAACUGUGUGAACGCUAUCAUCAAAAAGUAGUGAUUGUAGAACAGAUUCUAGAUAGCGUUGAACAUUUUUCGAUGGAUGAGCUCAUAGGCGAAGCAAAGGAACAGCUGUUCCAUGAUCAUGAAAAUCAAAUCAUCUUUGGUACAGUCACACCGCUGACCAGCAUUAUACACGAAAAAGAUGAUUUGAGCUUUUUGUUGAACGUGUUAGAGAUAUUGAAUCAGCCUGAGAAGAUGGCUAGGUACGAUUCGAUCGAACACAAUUAUGAACAGAUUAAACCCUGGUACAUUCACCGCCAAUUCGUACCAUUGGAUUCUCCGCCAGAGGAAGAGAACAUCACACGAAAUGGCAACGUAACCUAUAGUGCAAAUUCGUUUGGGCAGCAAGCAGAAGUUCAUUUUGCAGAAAUGGUUCAUUAUCUUCAUGAUUAUGAUAAGGACACUAUGUCAGAUGUAAAGAAGACUCUAGCGUUGAGCGAAGAAACACAAGAUCCUCCUGGUUGCCGGGAUGACGAAAAUGAUGGGAAAGUGUAUAUUUUCCUAAACGAUGCUGGAGCGGGCAAGACCACCUACUUCACCUGGCUGGCCUGGCGCUUGUCAACGUACGAUCGGUCGCUGUAUGUAAUCAAACUGAUCGCAUUGGAAUAUUCGACAGAUUUCGAACGUUUGGAAGAAUGCGGAGUAGACCAUUGGAAUGACACACAGAUCGUGAGGCUUCUGUAUCGUUUCAUUCACCUGGCGCUGUUUGUUCCGAGCGUCUGCAGGCGUACGAUCGAAGAGACGGAUGUCCACAGAGCUGAGGCCGAUCGAUGUGCGGAACUGAUCAGCCUGUCAAAUGGACGAAUAGUGCUCGACGAGACAAAGACAAAAGAUCUGACAGCGAUGCAACUGAUCGAGCUACGGUUGUUUCGAGAGAAGUUUAAUCAAAACCAGCUCGUACUGAUCCUCGAUGGGUUCGAUGAGAUCGCCCCUUACUACAAGGAUGUGGUGAUGAAGUGUUUCGCUCGUUUCGCUCAGCUAGAUGGUUUACGAAACCUGUACAUAUCCAGCCGUCCGUACGGAUUUGUAGAAGCGUUUAAAAAUGCCUUCAGCAACUGUAACAUCUGUAAGUUGAAACCGUUUACAGAGGAAGAUCAAAUCUAUUUGCUGCAUCUAUUUCUUCGCUCGAAGAUAGCCGCAUACAGCGAUUGCCGUUUCGAUGAGCUUAUACCUGUGGUGGGAAUUUUGUACGCCACAGUGAAUUUCCAAGAAGGCACGAUUCAAAAUGUGCCGCUAAUGUUUUACAUACUGUAUGUCACUUUCUUGCCCAAAGUCCAGCGCUACGUGGACUUUGAUGCGCAGCAAAUUUGUGGUAAAAUUUUCAUCGAAAAAGGCCUACCAUUGCUAGACAUGGUGGAAACGUACGUUGACCUAAAGCUGCGCAUACACAAUGUAGAGAAGGCAGGCCUAACCGAUUCUGCCUCCGUUACAGCUGGGGCCAAGGAGAUCGAGCAGCUGCUUGCGCGGGAUGUAAAGGCAGAGCAUGGACUGCUAGGCGCGUACGUCAUGUUUCCGAAGUCGUGCUGGAAUGAGCUGUUUACCAAGCAGCAGCUCAAGAAAGUAGCACUAUACGUGCAUAACCUAACACAAGGAGAGGACAGUGGGGGUCUCAUUGAUAGAAUUCAAGACGGCAUGCCCUCGUUUGUUCAUCGAUCGUUUGCGGAGUUCUUUGCAGCAUACUGGUUGUCGCAGCACUACAGGCGAGUCCUGGGAAGCGUGAGUUUUUUCCGCUCCGUAACAUUUUGGAAUGACGAUUCGUAUCAAGAGAUUCACACAUUUUUUGAAGCAAUGGUCGACAGACAGUGUAGCGACUACCCUGUCCAUAAUGUAAUUAAAAAGCGUUCAACAUCAUCGGUGGAAGAAAUCAUAUCGCAGGAUCCGUCUGCAAUCUACAAGAGAGAUGGUGUAGGGCGUACGCCGUUUCAUCUGCUGGCAAGAUACUAUUCAAAUGAGCUGGUGGAAUUGCUUAUGAAAAGGAACAUUUUGGUGCGCGAGACCGUCUCGUUGAAGGAUGAGCUGCUGCAGUGGAGCGUGUUGGACUACGCCUUUGUCUGUAAUAAUACGACGUAUAUAGAACAACUGUUAACACUCGGCCCCGAUGUCAACUUAGAUGUUUUACUGCAACAGCUGCUGACGAGCGACAUCGACCUGCUACUUAAGCGCUCCCAUACCCUCGUGAAUCUGCUAGAAAAACACGACGCCACGCGCGCCUUAACGCGACAGAUACAUACACGCGUAGUGCAGCAUAUCUUACGCGACAGGCAACUGAACCUGAACGCUCGCCUUGAGAAACUUAAAUCCUUGACAGUGCUAGAGUACUGUACGGAACUCGGCGCGUAUGAUAUGUUCCUGGAGUUUGUAGCACAGUCAGAUGAUCCGUACCGUGUGUUGGCGACAGACAUUAAUGGGCUAUUUCAAAAAGCGUUCUUGUGCAGGGAUACCCGCUUUGUAUUCUAUUACAUCGAGCAACAUAACUUUCCCCUCCCGUGGGUGGAUAAUUUUGCCGGAUUUUCCAGCGUUCUGGUCAGCGUAUGUGGAUCGUAUAAAAUGUCAACUUUUAAAGUUCUUUUCAAACAGCUGUGUUUGCAACGCAAGAUUCGAUGCAUUAAUGAGUCGGCCAUUUUACACGAGGAGCUUCCGGAUGCUCCCGGAGAUGAACAGUUUAAUCGUAGGAUUGAGAAUAUGCGUUGCUGUGUUCGCUCUGUUAGGGACAUACACAAUGAUCUGCCAAUUUAUCAGGAAGGAAUACCCUUUCAGGAUGAAUGUAUCGUCGAAUGUCUUUUAGCACGAACGAUAGAUAUGGGCUCCAUUGAGAAAACUGGUUACGUGCUGCAGAUGACUGAAACGGUCGUGACAAACGAGUUGAUAGAGAAGAUUAUGCGCCUACUGCCGAAAGGUGUCAGCCAUAAAGAAUCCAUUGGUACGUUUAAAUAUCUUUUGCAGCACGCCACCAACCUGUACCAGACGGAUAGCGAAGGUCGAAAUUUGCUGCACAUGAUCGCCCAACAUGGAUGCUUCUUUAUGCUGCAUUGUCUCGUUGAGAAAGGGGUCGAUGUAUCGCUGAUAAAUGCGAAAAACGGCUGGAACGUGUUCCACUAUAUCGCAUCCAGAGCGAACAAUGCCCAUUCGCUACAUUUUGAAACUGAUUCACGGAACAUAAUAUUCAAGUACAUGUUACAAGCAGUACCGGAUCCUGACUAUUUGACGGCACGAGACAUCGCAGGGUACAGUGUGCUGGAUGUUGCAAUAGUUAAACAAAACUUUAGUGUGGCUCGCACGAUCGUCAACAGCCAGAUUAGCCACGUGGUAGGUGGAGCAGAAGAACGGCUGCAGGCUUUGUUCGACAAGGUGAAGCAUGUGCUGACGGAGGAACACGAGAUGAAGGUAACGAAGUUCUUUUGGUACUUGCAUGAAUACACGGAGGAGCAUGAUGAGUGGAGUGAGGUUUAUGCCACUGCAGCGAAAUGGAAAUAUAGCAAACCGGAUUACACUUCCUCGUAAUGAUGAGGGGAGUGAUCAGAUGAGUAGUUGCGACGAGCAACGAGUAGGUUUGAUACGAUUUGAAAUUUAAUGAAUAUUGCGUUUACAACGGUUGAGUCUGGAGAGAGAUUUAAAUUGUAACUUAUCGUAUGAGAACCAGAUCGCUGGCCUACAAUAAACAUACACUUUUGGAAACGGCCCGAUACUUGUGUUCAACG